UGUUCAUUAAUCUUCUUUUUUUUGCAGCCAUGGCUUCUGAGCGCAUACUGCAUAGGGAACAGUUUCAGAAUGCUAAUCAGAUGAUAGAAGUGUUGAUCCGAACAAAACCAAAGCCACCUCACAGUUCUAGUACAUUGCCAAAACCAAAAGCUUUCAAAAGAGACUGCCUCCUCCAAAAAGAGUUGGAAAAAAUUUCGAAUGGAAGAAAACCGCACAAACAGGAUGUAAUAAAAACAGGCAGAGAAGCAUCUGCAAAAGAACAAUCAAAAGAUGUCAUAAACAAAAAUAGUCACAUGACUGUUGAGGUUUCAAAGAGAGAUGGAAUUUCUAAGAAGAAAUCUUCAGAUAGAAAUAGUUUUGAUCCCACAUGGAGAGACUUAUUGCAGAAUUAUAGCAGACAUAGUGCUGACGAUUCCACUUCCAGUGUGGCUGCACACAAUUUUUCCCAAAAUACUGUUGACAAAAGACCUUCGAAAGGGCUAUCCCAUAAGAGCCCUCAUAAAGACAGGACCAUCCAAACUUCUACAAAACAGGGAGACCGAAAGCACAGCCCUCCUGCAGGCCCCUCAAACAUCAGUCCUCUGAGGCACCAUCGGCAGAGGCAAACUUCUGCUACAAGACACCAUCCUAAUGAGCAAGCUGCUCCAUUGAUUGAAGCAAAUCAGCACUGCCAGGAACAGUAUCCGGGCUUAAAUGGAGGUGGAAUGCAUCUGUUGGAAAGGAAUUCAAAUUCAAUCAACACUCCUGCUGCUAAUCUAGUCAGAAGUGGAGGUCGUAUUUCUUCUGAUGGACUGAGCAACACUCCGUUUUCUGACAGUGCUUUGCAACUCCUACAGCAACUUAAGACAAAGCUCCAACAUCGAGGUGACAGUGAAACCAUUCAGGACCUUGAAAGACUGGAGCAACAAUUGGCUGGUGCCGGAGGGACUGUAAAAGUUCCCACCCCUCAGUCAGCUCAGUCUUCUAACUUCACAUCUGUUUUCGAAACGCCUCUUGCUCCUUCUUCGGAAUCUCACCAAGCACAACACCUUUCGCAAGUUAAUCAAGUGCAACAGGCAAUGGCUGAAAAGGAUGCCACUAUUGAAGAGCUGCGCAUUCACAAUGCACGCCUGCUGGCUCAGUACGAUAAGGUUAUCCAACAGCAGCGGCAACAGAUGGAAAACGCGCAUGUGGGCAAAAAUCUGCCACCAGGAGGAAUAAUCCCUACAGCCUUAGCAUCCUCCACAACUCCAGCAGGAUUUGUAAAUGCUGCCUCAGUAACAACUCCUAAUACAGCAGCACCUGCAAUAAGUACUUCAGUACCGCCGCCCCUGCGACCAAACCACGGUAUACACGCCGCUGCCCUGUCACCUCUCCUAGAGGUAUCUGCUGAAUCAUCAUCAGGAAUUAGGUAUCCUAUAUAUCCUUCAGCUAGAAAUGAAGUUCUUACAGCUAAUGGGCACAAAAAUUCUAGAAUAGAGUCUGUAUUUCCUCCUAAGGUGGGAAGUAAGCAACCAUUAUCAAGAAAUUAUUUUGAUCGCGUCGGCAUUGAAGCUGUUGAUAGUGGCAGAGCUGUCCCUCCUGCCAGUGCUGGUGGUAACUUUCCUUCACAUGCAAGUCGUCACAAUGCUGAUGAGAUUGUGAACGAAGGACCUGCAAUUUCUUCUGGGGCACGACAGAGAGUAAUGACGUCUGAACCACGAGGGGGCGUGCUUGCUACUAAUCCUGUAACUAACGAGACAAUGCUUCAGCAGCUGCGCGACGAGAUAAGGUCAUUGCGACGUGACUUCCAGCAAUUGCAACGUCAAACGGAAAAGUCAACAGGGCCACCACUUGGAGCUGCUGUGGAGACCACUUUGAUCGCUCAACAGCCUCUAGCCUCCACAGCUAAAAGUGAUGCCGCGUCCGUCGACCCUGCUAGAUCAACCGCUGCUGCGCUUCAAGGACGCCCUUUCAGGACUGCUGGGAACCCACCAGCCCCCGAGCUGUCGUCGGUGCACAACAUCAGAUCUGAUGCAGGAUUGCGCGUCACGAGCACCAUGCCUACUCUGCCCUCAGCGCUAUCAGGGCAAGGAGGUUCAACCAAUGUAAAUGUCGACAUGUUCCGUUCAAGCAACGUUCAGCCAAUAAAUUCAGCAGACCAUGCGCUCAUGGAUGCUACAACUUUGAGGGAAAGGCCCAAAGAUGCUAGCCAGGGAGACAAACCUGCAAGCCAGAUAGACAACCCUUUAAACCAGGGAAACAACGCUUCAAGCCAGGGAAACAACGCUUCAAGCCAGGGAAACAACCCUUCAAGCCAGGUAAACAACCCUUCAAGCCAAGAAAACAACCGUUCAAGCCAGGGAAACAACCCUUCAAGCCAGGGAAACAACCCUUCAAGCCAGGGAAACAACCCUUCAAGCCAGGGAAACAAGCCUUCAAGCCAGGUAAACAACGCUUCAAGACAGGGAAACAACCCUUCAAGCCAGGGAAACAAAACUUCAAGCCAGGGAAACAACCCUUCAAGCCAGGGAAACAACCCUUCAAGCCAGGGAAACAACCCUUUAAACCAGGGAAACAACGCUUCAAGCCAGGGAAACAACCCUUCAAGCCAGGGAAACAACCCUUUAAGCCAGGGAAACAACGCUUCAAGCCAGGGAAACAACGCUUCAAGCCAGGGAAACAACCCUUCAAGCCUGGGAAACAAACCUGCAAGCCAGGUAGACAAACCUGCAAGCCAAGACAAAUCUGCCGGAGCUCGUCGAGAUGCGUUUCGGCAAUCUGGUGCUUCGGGCGAAUCUUUGGAGAGCAAGUUCAGCGUUCUGAGAAGUGAUUACAGCCAUUAUCUCGGUACAAAAUCAGGAAAACCUCUACAACCUAUUGAUCAAUUUCCCGAUCAUUCUAGAACCGUAUCAGAAUUAGAAGAUUCACCUGCUUCUGUCAGUGAAGUAAGUGAGAAUGAACCCAUGGGCCAAGACAACAGGGCGCCAUCUAAGCCUUCAUUACGGAAGCCUAAAUGUACCAUAGUGGAUGAUGGGACCACGACGAAAGGCCAACGACGGACGGUGACGCCUGAUUUCAGCAUCAGCUCGAGCACUAUUGGCAGCUGUUCGCUCGUCAACAACUCGGGACGGGCGCGCCAACCCGUCGAUCGCUUAGAGUCCACCAGAGUGCAGACGGCGGACACAAGCGAUGCUUUACUUUCAAGCCGUUCGCAUAACGGUGUUGAGACUCUCGCUAGCGCCCUGGCUAAAGGUAAUAAGCAGGAUGUGUAGCGACCGAACGUCAAUACGGCAUCUGUUGCUACUGUUGGAGGGCCUGGUAAGUUUACCGAAACUUCCAAGCUCAGGCCUUUUAAUCUCGUAUCUGACGGUACGCUGGAAACUAACGAAUUUCAGGUUUUAAAUGAAGAUGAAUUUUCAGAGUGAAUAACUUGAAAUGUCUUGAGCGGCAUUGUUUUUUUACUUCUUUGUUUUAAGUGAAAGCUGCUGCUGUGUAACUUUUCUCAAAUUUUAAUUUCAGAAAGUAGCACUCCUGACCAAAUAACUACCACUAGGUAUCUGAUAACUACUGAGUGGUAUUAGUGAUAAUGUCCAAUCACAUGGCUUUUACAGCACAAGUAAUUGGUAUCAAUGCAGAUUCAUUUUAUAGUUAGAUCAACAGACUUUUCCUCACUCCAGACAAUCUUCAACUGUCAUGAAACCAUUUUCAACAAUGCCGUACAACUGUGUUCUGAAGCAAUACUAAGAGAGACAGCAUUACCUUCUUCAUAAUCAUACAGUUAGAUGGUCUAAUUGCGUAAUAAAAUGUUCCUUUGAUGCCGAAGCUUUUUGCCCGAUUUGCUGCUGUUUUGUAGCGUAACCCGUCACGAGCUGGCCGGUGUCUUAAUCAUUCAAGUUCGGAAAUGUAUACAGUUGACUUAAUUUAGAUAAAGGAUCAAUUAAUUAUUAGUUGGUUAAGUAGAGAUAGCUGAAGUUGGUGGAUAUUUAUAGAGAAAUAUAAAUUGUUGAAAAACCACUAGUAUAAUAAUUAAAAUUAAUUAUGGCACGUUUCAAGUUAUACUACAUUAAUUAGACGACGACAACGAAUCGACAUGAUACCGUUAACAAAUAAUGACUAGCAUUUGUAAUCAACAAUCCCCUUCCUCCAUUUGUAACAUUAAUAAGCUGAGGAAAAUACUGAUUAGAGGAUGGGUUUCCCAAAUAAAUUUCCUGUUUUAAUGUUUCAUGAAGAAAUAAAUUUCCCGUUUUAA